AUGGAAAUUAUGUGCUUGUUGUAUAUUGUGUUGGGUUUGUAUCUUUCAGUUGGUGAGUUUGUUGGUGCUGAGUUACAAGACCAAGCUAUACUACAUGCCAUCAACCAAGAGCUUAGAGUUCCUGAGUGGAGUGAUGCAAACAUUUCUGAUUACUGUACAUGGCGAGGGGUUUUAUGCAACAAUCAUUCAUUGGUGGAGAAGCUUGAUCUUUCUCACAGAAGCCUUAGAGGUAAUGUGAGUUUAAUAUCUGAGCUCAAAAGUUUGAAGUUGCUUGAUCUUUCUAAUAAUAACUUUGGUGGAUUGAUUCCUCUUGCUUUUGGAGAUUUGUCUGAGCUUGAAAUUCUAGAUUUGUCUUCUAAUAAGUUUGAAGGUUCAAUUCCGUCACAGUUUGGUGAUCUCAGAAGCUUAAAAUCGUUUAACAUUUCUAAUAAUUUGCUUGUUGGUGAGUUGCCAAUGGAACUUCAUGGUUUGAAGAAAUUGCAGGAUUUGCAACUUUCUAGUAAUCAGUUGAGUGGUUUUAUACCUUCUUGGGUGGGGAAUUUAACCGAUUUGAGAGUUUUUUCGGCGUAUGAGAAUCGCUUAGAUGGUAGGAUUCCAGAUAAUCUAGGCUUGAUUCCUGAACUUCAGAUACUUAACUUGCAUUCUAACCAGCUUGAAGGACCAAUACCAGCAAGCAUUUUCGCUUCGGGGAAGCUAGAAGUUCUGGUUCUUACCCAGAAUAAUUUUAGUGGCGAUCUUCCGGAGGAAAUUGGAAACUGUCGUGCCCUUUCAAGCGUUAGAAUCGGAAACAACCAUCUUGUAGGUAAUAUUCCUAAGACCAUUGGAAAUCUUAGUAGCCUGACAUAUUUCGAAGCCGAUAAUAAUAAUCUUUCUGGUGAGCUAGUGUCGGAGUUUGCGCGGUGUUCUAAUCUCACUCUCUUGAAUUUAGCUUCUAACGGAUUUUCUGGGACGAUUCCACAAGAGUUUGGACAACUUAUGAAUCUUCAGGAAUUGAUUUUGUCUGGAAAUGGCCUAUUUGGUGAUAUUCCAAAACCAAUUCUCAGUUGUAAGAGUCUCAACAAGCUUGAUAUUAGCAACAAUAGAUUCAAUGGGACGAUACCGAACGAAAUCUGCAAUAUUUCUCGGUUGCAGUACUUGUUAUUGAAUCUGAAUUCCAUAAGAGGAGAGAUCCCUCAUGAAAUUGGAAGUUGUGCAAAACUGCUUGAAUUACAAUUGGGGAGUAAUUAUUUGACUGGAACUAUUCCUCCCGAGAUCGGUCGCAUCAGGAACUUACAGAUAGCUUUGAACUUGAGCUUCAAUCAUCUCCACGGGCCACUACCGCCAGAAUUGGGGAAACUGGACAAACUUGUUUCUCUCGAUGUGUCAAAUAAUCGUCUAUCAGGUAAUAUCCCAACCGAGCUUAAGGGAAUGUUGAGCUUGAUAGAGGUGAAUUUCUCAAAUAAUCUAUUUGGAGGCCCUGUACCAACAUUUGUACCUUUCCAGAAGAGUCCUAGUUCGAGUUUUGUAGGGAAUAAAGGGCUUUGUGGAGAUCCAUUGAACACUUCAUGUGGAAAUAUUUAUGAUGAUCAUGGUAGUUACCAUCACAAGGUUUCUUACAGAAUCGUAUUGGCAGUUAUCGGUUCUGGUUUGGCAGUUUUUACAUCGGUAACUAUAGUUGUCUUGCUGUUUAUGAUCAGAGAGAGGCAAGAAAAAGCAGCUAAAGAGGCUGCCGGUAUUGUUGAUGAUCCAACCGAUGACAAACCAACUAUCAUAGCAGGGACGGUUUUUGUCGAUAAUCUACAGCAAGCGAUAGACCUCGACGCCGUUGUUAAUGCAACACUGAAAGACUCGAAUAAACUCAGCAGCGGAACUUUCAGCUCAGUUUACAAAGCAACCAUGCCUUCUGGUGUGGUUUUAUCUGUGAGGAGACUGAAAUCUGUGGACAAGACAAUAAUCCACCAUCAGAACAAGAUGAUUCGAGAACUCGAAAGGUUAAGCAAGGUUUGUCACGAUAAUCUCGUGCGACCUAUCGGCUAUGUCAUUUACGAAGAUGUUGCUCUUCUCUUGCAUAAUUAUUUUCCUAAUGGAACAUUGUCUCAGCUUCUUCAUGAAUCUACCAAGCAACCCGAAUAUCAGCCUGAUUGGCCAGCUCGGCUAUCCAUCGCCAUAGGUGUCGCAGAAGGUUUGGCUUUCCUUCAUCAUGUGGCAAUUAUCCAUCUUGAUAUUUCUUCUGGCAAUGUUCUUUUGGAUUCAAACUUCAAGCCAUUGGUCGGAGAGAUUGAGAUUUCAAAACUUCUCGAUCCAACCAGAGGAACCGGAAGUAUUAGCGCAGUUGCCGGUUCCUUCGGCUACAUACCCCCAGAAUAUGCAUAUACCAUGCAAGUGACAGCACCGGGAAAUGUUUACAGCUAUGGCGUUGUUUUGUUGGAAAUCCUUACAUCUCGACAACCUGUUGAAGAAGAUUUCGGCGAAGGUGUAGAUUUGGUGAAGUGGGUUCAAACUGCUCCUGUAAGAGGCGAAACUCCAGAGCAGAUACUUGAUGCAAGGCUUAGCACAGUUUCCUUCGGUUGGAGGAAAGAAAUGCUCGCUGCUCUAAAGGUUGCGUUGCUCUGCACCGACGGCACACCAGCCAAACGACCGAAAAUGAAGAACGUAAUUGAAAUGCUUCGAGAAAUUAAGUAA